AUGCCCUGCUUCAAGGGACUCGCCGUGAGCAUACAUACUCCAAAUGGACCAUUGCCAGAGUACUCGGUGCAAAAGACGUCUCGUCUAUCGCGAAUCAGUGCUUACAUCCCUGUCCCGCCUGCGAAGAUCCCCGCCGAUUCCCUCACUGGCAAACCAGAACAAUCCACGUUUGCAAUCUCAAUAACCCUACUGACACCUGGUCAAGAGGUCCCAUAUUCAACCCCCAAAGCCACACCGGACAACCCAGAUCCCAAGCCUAAACUGGUUGGGAGCUUACCUGGUCACACCGGCGAUCGACCAAAGUCCGCAGCGACCAUCAGCCCGUAUGUGCCUCUAACGACUUCGCCGAAUGAGACGAUCGCAGCCUACAUCUAUUUUGACGGUCGGGCCAAAGAAGAAGUUGCGACACUAUUGAGGAAGGGUGAAGAGACCUGGGUCAAUUCUCGAUGGGUCAGUGUCCCUGAAAAGGAAGGGGGCGGGCUCGCGGAACGGGAAUUCCUGUUUCGUGAGGUGGGGCUUGAACGAUGGCUGAAUGGACUGGAUCUGGAAGGAAAAGACGCUGCUGCAACGAUAGAGAGACGAAGACAAAAGCUGGAGAAGCGCAGAAGAAAGAGAAAGGAGGUCAUUGGAAGUGAUGACGAGGCGAAUGGAGAGCCGAAAGGGCCGCGGCGGAAGAGUACAUUGAGGUAUGGUGAGAACGGUGAAUUGCAGGAUGUCUCCGACGAUGACGCUUCUCUAAGCGACACUGGGAGCUCCGACGACGACGAUCCCAUCCCCGAAGCAACAGGCCAGAUCAAGGUUGCGCUAUUUCGCGUCCUAGCAUCGGGAGAGAUCAAGCGAGGAGAGUAUUCCCCGCAGUUCGACGCCCACGAUGAUUCGGAAGAGUCCGAUGCGGCUGAGGGCGCCGCUACGAAUGGCGAGGGCAAGAACCGAGCAGAUGUCGAUCAUACGACCAGUUUUGCGAAACCCAAAACACUGGACCCCAAGACCAUUUCGACUCAGACCGUGACAGGCAUUGAUCCAACCGACAAGCCUUAUGCCGUAUUUACAUUCCUGUACCGCGGGGAGCGGCAAUUGCAGAAAAUGGGCAUCCUCCCCACCCCCAAAACGGAGAAAGCAGCUGCCAGUACGAAGAGGCGCAGCAUAGUCACCGACCUUCCGAAACUCGGACCGCUCAAGAAAGAGGGGACCGCUGGCUUUUCUGCCUUCCGAGAUGCCGAAGCGCGUCGCAGUCGCAAAGGUAAGAAGACCAGCGAUGAUGAGAUGGAAAGUGAAGAUGAAGACGAUGCUGCGGGUAUUAUUGGCAAGAUGGAGGACAUCAAUGACGCCGACGUCAAGAAAGAACCUGGCUUGUUGUCCCCAGAGGAUGCUGAGCGAACAGGCCAGGUGGCGGAGGGGAUCCGAAAGAUGAAGCUCAAACGGCAGCAUUCGGCUGAACCUCUCAAUGGCGAUGGCGUACCUGGAGCUCGCAAGAGCUCCAAAUCUGGAAGUCCCUCGACAGCCUCCACACCCCAGAUCGGAACUGACGAGCUGGGUACAUCGCCUUCGGGAGCGAUUAACAUCGGCAACUCGAUGACUGGGCCCGGCCUCGACGUAAAGAGAGAAGAUGACAGCUUCAUGGUAGGAAGUCCUAUGAAGAGGCAACGGGCAAGCGUCGCCGAGUACGACGACGAUAUUAAGACACGUCUGGGCAGUGGUGUAUCGACAUCGUCAGGCACGAUUGGCGAGAUAACAGGCUCUGUCGGACGAUCUCAGCAGUCUACGACAGACUCGAAUCCUUCCGGUCUUCAGUUUGGAGGAGCACUGGCCAAAGGCCCAAUUGAUGACGACGAGGAGUUAUAG